AUGAAUAUUAUCAUUGUGCUCGCCAACACCAUAAAAGUGUAUAGCCACUCGCUGUCACCGCAACUCUUGCACGAGUGGGAGACCUGCCCAAAUCCUCUCGGACUCUGCCAUGUUUGUCAGUCAUCAGCGAAGCCUUUGGCUGCUUUUCCUGGACGCAGGUUGGGAACCGUAGUCAUUGCUAGCAUUUGCGAAAAUCAAGCUUCGGCGGCAACUCCCCCACCUCGCCAGAUAGUAGCACAUGAGAAUCCUCUGGCCGCGUUGACAAUGGAUUGUGAGGGUCGGUUUCUGGCGACAGCAUCGCAAAAGGGGACUCUUGUGCGAAUCUUUGGAAGUCGCGAUUGUGACCUAUUGGCCGAGCUGCGCCGUGGUGCGAAUUCCGCCUGCAUCACCAGUCUCGCUUUCAAUAUGACUGGUGAGCUUAUCUGCGUGACCAGUGAUCACGGCACCGCACAUGUAUUUCGCUUACCGGCCGCGGCUGCUUUGGCCGUGACAUCAGCUACUUCUGCUGCUGCAGGAGGUGCAGGAACGGCUACUGUGGCAACAUCACCAUGCUCUAUUGGUGGCACGACUUUAAGCGCCGGACGACCUAUCCGCGAAUCUGAUCUAGGAUCCAUAGCUGUGGUUGGGGGAACGAAUCCCACCAGCCCUGACUCUUACGUUUCAACUGUUGGGGGACUACAUGGCUCACUCUCAAGAAAAAACAAGCAAAUAACUGGUUCGCGGUCCUCAGGGUAA